AUGUAUGCCGAGUCCUUUCCGAUUGCACCCGAGCUCCUCUCGCCGGCCCGAACGGAGACGCCCGAACGGGCAGCGCCCGAAUUCGCCCGAAAGCGACCGAACCGGGCCGAGCGCUCCGAUCGCGCCCGAAGGCGGGUGGGCGGGGCGAGCGGCCGCGCGCGGGCUGCCGGGACGGCGGAGGACUGGCGGGCGGGGCGGGGCGCUGAGAUGGCGGUGCCGAGUCGAGGAAGAACUUCAGAGAUUCUGUCAUCGCUUCCCUUACAGAUCCUGCUUUAUGUAAAUGGGAUUUAUUACAUCUUCUACUUCUUGGCAAGUCUUGCAAUGAUUAUUUACAAAAGUCAAGUUUUCAGUUAUCCAGAUGAUUUUUUGGCUCCUGAUCUUUCUGUGCUUUUCCUGAUGGCCAUUCUGGAAGUGCCUCGAUUAUACUUGGGUUUCAAGGGUAACCUGAUGGAAGCUGAGGCCCCGCUGGGGCUGAGCCUGGGGCUCACGGUGGGCAGCGUGGUGCUGUGUGUGUACCUGCUGCUGUGGCAGACCUACGUGCUGUGGGCAGACAUGCUCCUCAACGCGCUGCUGCUGGCGGCCUACGCGCUCGAGUCGGGCCUCAAGGUCAUGGCCAUUGCUGCCUUUGUCAGCUGAGCCCAGCCCCUUCCCACAGGCCUGCAGCACAUUCCUUCUCUGAAACUGGGGGGCUUAAUUUCCACUACUGAAUUCUUUUGUAUUUAAAAACCCUGUAAAACUUCUGUUUGAAUGAGAAAUUUGGGGGACAGAAAUAUCCUGCCCAGCAGCUGUGUGAUUCUGUCCCACUGUUGGUUAAUUUAUGGACAAAAGCAAGGGAUGAAUCAGCAAAAAACCCUCAACACCCUGGCAUUCACCAGGGAUCAAUGCUAAAUAUCCAUUCCCAACACAGGACAGGAGCCAGUGCUGCUGGCAGCAACGUGCAGCCCAAGUGACACAGAAGUGAAUCAGGCCAGGGCUCACUUGCCACAUACACAGCUGUGUUCGAGGGCACAGCUGCAAUGCUGCUCUCAUUUGUGUUUCCAGACCUCAGUGGCAAUUUCCCUGACUUUACUAGGGCAGAACCUGAUGUAUCCCACUGGGAGAGAGUGGAAMUGGGUUUUGUGCAUACCUGGAGAGCCAAGCCACGUGGCCACAUGGUUUGGCAGCCAGUUCUUACUGACGCACUACGUGAGGGGGUGUUUGGUUAAAGAGGAUGGCUUUAAAAUGAACAAAACCAUUCACCAUUCACUCUCCSUUCUGUCCCGUUUAAAAGUCCAACAGAGUGUUGGCAGGUUUCUUUCUAGUUGGUGUCAAAUGUGCUUAUUUCUAUUUCUGCAAAAACUACUACAUUCAAUCCUGUCUUUUAACUUCUAACUGAUGCAAAGUGCAGAGUUUUUUACUAUAUCAAAUAUAUAUGUUAAUGGAAAGCUUGGGGAAUUUCUGAGGUUUUGAAGAAGCCUAUUUUAUAUUCAGAAUUUACUAUUUUUUUAUUUAUUUAUUCA